UUUCUUAAAUAAUCACAGAAAAAUGGAACAAAAACAAACAGACGUGCACUUGCGUGCAAUGUUGAAUAGCCCUGCACGUUUUACUCCAGCUGUCCCUACCCCGGACUGGUCCGCAGGCCCAGCUGUGCCCCCUUCACCUCAGAUUCCCGGAAAAUCUAACAUGAUUGUGGCAACUCCUGGUUCAGCAGCUGGUGAACCUCAUACAAACAUAACAAUACAAAAUUGCGUAACCACGGUUGAUCUCAAUACAAAACUAGACCUGGCGUUAAUUAACGCGAGGACCAGAAACUCGGAAUAUAACCCAGCACGGUUUCAUGGGUUAAUUAUGAGACUUAGAGAUCCAAGAACCACAGCUUUGAUAUUCCAGACUGGUAAAAUUGUAUGCACUGGGGCUAAAAGCGAGCAAGAUGCGCUCCUGGCGUCUAAAAAGUUUGCCCGGAUUAUACAAAAAUUGGGCUUUGAUAUCAAAUUUGACAACUUUAAGAUACAGAAUCUGGUGGCGACGUGCGAUUUGAGAUUCCCCAUAAAAUUGGAAAGUUUAAGUUUAUUGCAUGGACAGUUUUGUAGUUACGAACCUGAACUUUUUCCUGGAAUAAUCUACCGCAUGAUUAAACCACACUUGUGUUUGCUUAUUUUUGUCAAUGGGAAAAUUGUUUUCACAGGCUCCAAGUCGCGAGAAGGAAUUAAGGAAUCGCUGGAUAACAUUUACCCAAUUUUACGUAGCUUUAAGAAAAAUUAAGUAGACUGGUUCUUUGAGAUAUUACUCUGAGAAAUUUUUAAUAAUGGAUAUUGGUCCAUAGAGGGCACUGGCAACAAUUUCUCUCUAUUACGCAAAUGACGUAAUAAAAUUAUUUUUUACACGUGUAUUCCUCACCGUAAUUAUUUCUUGAUUCAAAUUAAGACUUCUACGCCCUGUUAUUGUAUUUAUGUCAAAGGUUUUAUAGAUUUUUAAAAUAGUUAAUAGAGCGAUGGUAUUAGUUUUACCGCUAUUUUACAGUGAAGUACUAAUAUUAAAAUCGAUCACCUGAGGGCGCAACAGUCAUAAUUUGAAUCGGAAAUUAAGUCAAUCUUUGUGAGCAAUUACUCAAAACACGAGUUUUUAUUUAGGUGGGCGUUAAUGGCCGUAGACAUACGUAAGGCUUCAAACAGCCAAUUUUGUUUUAUUAAGUUUUCUUCGAUUUUAUUUUGUUAAUUGAAAAUAAAUUGUACUUUUGUGAA